CAACCCUCGCACAUUUCCCUCCAUUAUUCUUCCAGUUGCUUCCGUCAGCCGUCUCUCUGCAGCCAUGGCUUCCGAUUCUUCUCCGACUCGCUUCAACAAUACACCUUCUUCUCCGGAUGAUUCCGCCUUCUCGAGUCCAAUCGGAGACACAUUUUCUUCCCCGUCAGCCGGAUCAUCUCGCCGGAAUAAACGAGGGAGAGGCAGAUCCGCUGCGACUCCGGCCUACGACACUCCUCCUCAUCCCAACAGUCGCUCCCGUUUCGCCAGUUCCGAGGCAACCCCAACUCCGCUCCACAACGCAUCGAACUCCCGCCGCGGUCAUGCCGGGCGUCCCACGACGCCGUCCUCCACUUCGGAGGGCGCGCCGUCUUCGGAAGCCGGAGAUGAUAUGGACGAGGCCGCUCCCACUUUCGUCUGGGGCACCAAUAUCAGCGUGCAAGAUGUGAAGAGCGCCAUUCAGAUGUUUCUGAAGAACUUCAGGGAUGCUCAGAGUCAGGGAGCUGAGAUUUAUGAGGAUGGGAAGUACAUGAAGGCGAUUCACAGGGUGCUGGAGAUUGAAGGGGAGUGGCUCGAUGUUGAUGCACACGAUGUGUUUGAUUAUAAUCCUGAACUGUACGGAAAGAUGGUUAGGUACCCUCUCGAGGUUUUGGCUAUCUUCGAUAUUGUUCUGAUGGACAUGGUGAGUUUGAUCAACCCGCUGUUCGAGAAGCAUGUCCAAGUCAGGAUCUUCAAUCUGAAGGGAUCUACUACUAUGAGAAAUCUAAACCCUUCUGACAUUGAGAAGAUGGUAUCACUGAAGGGAAUGGUAAUUCGGUGCAGUGCUAUUAUACCAGAGAUUAGGGAGGCAACAUUUAGAUGCCUUGUGUGCGGUUACUUCUCUGACCCCAUUGUUGUGGAUAGAGGACGGAUAAGUGAACCUACAUUGUGCCUUAAGCAAGAAUGUCAGGCCAAGAAUUCCAUGACACUAGUACACAACCGAUGCAGGUUUGCUGAUAAGCAAAUCGUGAGACUCCAGGAGACACCUGAUGAGAUCCCUGAAGGGGGAACACCACAUACGGUGAGUCUGUUGAUGCAUGACAAGCUGGUGGAUGCUGGAAAGCCAGGUGACAGAGUUGAGGUGACUGGAAUUUAUAGAGCAAUGAGUGUCAGGCUUGGACCCACUCAGAGAACUGUGAAGUCACUAUUCAAGGCAUGGUGUAAACUUUUCAUCACUUACAUUGACUGCCUUCAUAUAAAGAAAACUGACAAGUCAAGAAUGGUGGCAGAGGAUGCCAUGGAAAUUGAUAGUGGUACCCAGAAACAUGACGAAGAUGUUGAAUUUGAUGAAGCUAAGAUAGAGCGGUUGAGAGAGCUGUCAAAACUUCCUGAUAUAUAUGACAGACUAACUAGGUCUUUGGCUCCAAACAUUUGGGAGUUAGAUGAUGUGAAAAGGGGCCUUCUUUGCCAGCUCUUUGGUGGAAAUGCCCUGAAAUUACCUUCUGGCGCGAGCUUUCGUGGUGAUAUUAACAUCCUUCUGGUCGGUGAUCCCGGAACCAGCAAGUCCCAGUUACUCCAGUACAUUCACAAGCUAUCACCUCGUGGUAUUUACACAAGUGGAAGGGGAAGCUCAGCUGUUGGAUUGACUGCUUAUGUCAGCAGAGAUCCUGAAACAAAAGAAACGGUUCUAGAGAGUGGAGCACUUGUUCUGAGUGACAGAGGCAUCUGUUGUAUCGAUGAAUUUGACAAAAUGUCUGAAAAUGCCAGAAGCAUGCUACAUGAGGUGAUGGAGCAACAAACUGUUUCCAUUGCAAAAGCUGGAAUUAUUGCUACUCUUAAUGCUAGAACCUCAGUAUUGGCUUGUGCCAAUCCUAUUGGUUCUCGUUAUAACCCCAGGCUAUCCGUCAUUGACAACAUACACUUGCCCCCUACUUUGUUAUCCAGGUUUGAUUUGAUAUAUCUUAUUCUUGACAAGGCCGAUGAGCAGACAGACAAGCACUUAGCAAGACAUAUUGUUUCUUUGCAUUUUGAAGAUCCUGAGUUAGCACAGCAGGAUGUGUUAGACAUUGCUACUUUAACUGCGUACUUGAGCUAUGCUCGCAAUCACAUUAAUCCUCAGUUGUCUGAUGAAGCAGCAGAAGAGUUGACUCGUGGCUAUGUUGAAAUGAGAAGGAGAGGCAACUUCCCUGGCAGUAGCAAAAAGGUGAUAACAGCAACACCGAGACAGAUAGAGAGCUUGAUACGGAUUAGUGAAGCUCUUGCUCGGAUUCGCUUCUCAGAAAUUGUGGAGAAGCAUGAUGUAACCGAGGCAUUCCGGCUUCUCGAAGUAGCUAUGCAGCAGUCAGCAACAGAUCACACUACAGGAACAAUCGACAUGGAUCUCAUCACAACUGGAGUAUCUGCUAGCGAAAGGAUGAGAAGGGAAAAUCUAGUGAUAUCAACUCGAAAUAUAAUAAUGGAGAAGCUGCAGCUCGGAGGACCCUCCAUGCGAUUAUUGGAGAUAUUGGAGGAGCUAAAGAAGCAGAGCUUUGCUGUCGAAGUUCACCUUCAUGAUUUGAGAAACGCAGUUGCAACCCUGGAAACUGAAGGUGUCGUGGUUGUUCAUGGUGAUAGUGUGAAGAGGCUAUAGAAGGAUGAUGGAGAUCUACUACUACUUCAGUGGAUAUUUUACCUGCAAUCUGAAGAAAAGAGAGGUUUGAUGCAUUUGGGUAUGCACGUAGAUUAUGGCUACUGCCUGUUUGGUUUGUCACUAGUUAGAAAGAGUUGCUUUGGUUUUGAUUCGACCUUCUAGCCAUUGCUGUUGUCACAGAUGGUUAAAGGGAUUGUAUCUAAGGUUGUACUGAAAUUA